CUCUUCCUCUCUCUCUCCACAGUGCCCCCCCCCCUCUCCUCCCCUGUUGUUCGCUUUACCCCUUCCUCCCCCUCCCUUCAUCGCGGUGCCAUGUCGAUGGACCUUUCUUCUUCGCGCCUCCUGCCGGUCGUUGCCGCAGCACUUGUUGGCUUGUCGGUGGGCCUGGUGAGCGCGUCGGCUCUGGUGGCGGCGCGUGCGCCUGCCGCGCCCGUGCCUGCGCCCGGCACCGCCACCACCAAGCCCACUUCCUGCGGUGACCUCGCGGCCGACGGGCCUGCCACCGAGGAUGACGAGGAGCUGAUCCGCGAGCAGCUGGCCCGGAAUUAUGCCUUCUACACGGAGGAGCAGAUGUCUCGCAUCCGUGCGGCCUUCGUGGUGGUGAUUGGUGUCGGCGGCGUGGGCAGUCACGCGGCCAUGAUGCUGGCGCGCAGCGGUGUGCAGCGCCUGCGCCUGGUGGACUUCGAUCAGGUAACCCUGUCCUCGCUGAACCGCCAUGCGGUGGCCGAGCGGGCGGACGUUGGCCAGGCCAAGGUGGCCGUGCUGAAGGCGCACCUGGGCCGGUCGGCCCCCUUCGUCCAGGUGGAGGCCGUGCAGCAGAUGUACACCCCGGAGUCCAUGGAUGAGAUCCUGUCCGGCGGGCCGUCCUUCGUGCUGGACUGCAUCGACAACACCUCGACCAAGGUGCACCUGCUGAAGUCCUGCCAUGAGCGGGGUAUCCCGGUGAUCAGUGGCAUGGGUGCCGGGGCCAAGGGCGACCCGAGCUCCAUCCAGGUGGCGGACAUCUCCCAGACGACGUAUGACCCGCUCAGCCGCACGACGCGGCGUCUCCUCCGCAAGGAGGGCAUCACCGAGGGCAUCCCGGUGGUCUUUUCCACGGAGAUCACCGACCGCAACCUCCUGCCGCUGGAUGAAAAGCUGAUGGCGCCGGAGGCCCCGGUAAGCCGGCUGUCGGCCAGCGAUGCGCCGGCCCCGGGCAGUGAGGUCAAGGCUGCCGCGCAGGAGUACCAGAUGAUCCCGGACUUCCGUGUGCGCAUCCUGCCGGUGUUGGGCACUCUGCCGGCGAUGUUCGGCAAUGCAAUGGCCACUUUCGUGCUGCAGUGUCUGUCUGGUGUGGCCCCCCCGCGACAGAUCGCCGUGCGUGGCCGGCAGGAGCUCAAUGAGAAGAUCCAUCAGAAGCUGAAGAUGCGCGACCGGAAUGUCUACAAUGAUGACCCCCGCCACAUGCCACUUGUCCACUCGGACACCGGGUACCUGGUGGAUGAGGUGUGGUGUUGCCGGUCGGCGGUCAGCGGGUCGCCCGUCCGGCCGACGCUGGUCCGCUGGCGUCGGGAGCUCCGAAGCAGCGUGGACAACCUGGUGAUCAUGACCCAGGAGGAGGCGGACGCGCAUGAUCGAUACUUUGCGGAGGAUGCGCCGGCGGCCGAGGCAGCGGCCCUGGCGGCCGGGCAGUCGGUCCCCGAGGCGGCGGUGGCCCGUUUCGGUGGCCUCUACUCCGAGGAGGUGAUUCGCCGGGUGGAGCGCCGUUUGGCCGAGGAGCGUCUGAUCUCCGAGUUGCGCGUGUAACGCGGGCGAGCUGCAUGUCUGCACGGUCCCCUGUCUUUUUUCAAACAAGUGUUUUUCCCCGCCCGGUUCUUCGUUUGCCAGUCGUCCCUUUCUUCUUCAUCUUCGUUAUCAUCAUCUCC